CCCAGAUCAUCUGGGAUAAAAUGUGGUGGCGCAGCAAUUUCAUAGUUCUCAUCAUUUUAAUUUCAAAAUCUUUAACGCGAGAUGCUGGUAAUCACGAAUGUCUGCGAUCUUGUACUGAUGAGGCGCUUUCGAAAAAAUUAUGCCGCUAUGACUUCUAUGUUGGUGAAUUAUCUAGUAUGAUCAGUAUCCGUAACAACUCUAUCAAGAACGAAUUUAAAAUAAGUACAUCGAACAAUUUUUUGGGAAUUAAUGGAAGAAGUCCAGGUCCACACAUAGAGGUUUGUCUCGGGGAUACAAUUGAAGUACUUUUAUACAAUAGAUUAGGAUCUGAAGAAUUAUCUUUACAUUGGCAUGGAUUACGACAAAACGGGACUGCUUAUAUGGAUGGUGUGCCAAUGGUUACACAAUGUUCGAUUUUACCAUUUGGCGGUUUUCGGUACAAAAUAAAACCGGAAAGAGUUGGUUCAUUUAUCUAUUACGCGCAUUUAGUUUCACAGCAGGCAGACGGCGUGUACGGGUCGUUGACAGUUCGAGGCCCACAGGAUGACCCUAGCUUGGAAAGGAUACUUCUGUUGUCAUCAAGGCCACCAACUCCUCUGUCCUGGCAUUCGCACCUACAUCCACCUACGCCAGAUGUACUUCUCUUAAACGGCCAGAGUGACGGAACAAUCUUGAGAGUCAACUAUGGCAAACGAUAUUUACUACGACUGGUUAAUGCGAACGCAUACAAUUGUCCUGUACGGAUAUCCAUUUCUGGACAUGAUUUUCGUGUAUCUGCUGCUGAUGGGUACGUGGUUCAAUCGGUGACAGGCAAACACGUCGUUUUGUAUCCAGGUGAGAGGUUGGACACGAUCGUCGAAACAAAUCAACUCUCCGGCAAGUACCUGAUCGAUGUAAAGGGCCUUCACGAGUGUCAAAACCUUCGUCAGGAAGCUUUCAUCCUUUAUGACGACGCAGAACCAGAGUCCGCAAUGAUAAAGGACGAAGAACUAUUGAAAAUCGAUGACCAUGCAAUUGCGAACAAGGGCUACGAUUGUCAUGACAUAUCAAAGAAUUUUAUAUGCACGUUGGACUUAAAAGGAUCAAAGAGGACAUCGAACGAGAUUUAUGCGAAUCAAAUUAUUUAUAUUCCGUUCGACGUGAAUGUUUUCCCACAUUUCACCGAUGAACAGUCUGAUAAUAGAUACAAUAUUUAUGGAUGUGCUUUCUAUCCUUCUUAUUUAACAAUGGACAAAAAUGAAACAAGAAUUAUGCAAGUCAAUGGAAUAACAUUCAAGUAUCCUACAUCUCCACUACUAUCACAACCAAAAGAUAUACAAGAAGAAUCAAUUUGUUCUCUUGAAAAUCCUUCAAUACAGUGUGCUGACACACCACUGUUCUGUGAAUGUACCCAGGUGAUUGAAGUCCCAGCCAGAGAACACAUUGACAUUAUCUUAAUAGAUGAAGGUUUUGGAGGAAAUGAUUCUCAAACAUUCCACAUACACGGGUAUCAUGCGAGUGUUCUAGGAAGGAGUAGUUUCGGACGACCAGUUACUAAGGAUGAAAUUAUAUCUUUGGAUCGUGACAAGCAGUUACAUCGUAAUUUCAUAGAUCCUCCUCAGAAAGAUAGCUUUGUUGUCCCAAAUAAAGGUUACAUUAUUCUACGCCUGUUUACUGAUAAUUUAGGAUACUGGUUGUGGGAAGCAAGAAACUCAGCAAUCUCUUCAAAAGUGUCAGGACCAGGAAUACAAUUUUUACUAAAAGUAGGAGAUCACGAAAGUUUUCCACCAGUACCCGUGGAUUUCCCGAUGUGUGGAAAUAAUAAACCUCCGGACAAUGUAUUCGAAACGCACUGAUUCACUGUAUCUCGUGUUUAUUUUAUAAUUCCUUCUAUUGCCUUUAAUCUUGAUUAACUGUAUAAGAUUCAGUGUACCAUAAAUUAUGUUCUCAUAAAGAAAUGAUUUAGCACCGUUUUAUAAAUAAAACAGGAAAACAUAAAGAGGCGAGGAAAGACA